AGAUAUCAAGCCGGACAAUAUUCUGAUUGACACCAGCGGGCACAUCCGCCUGGCAGACUUUGGUUCCUGCCUUCGCCUGUCUCCGGAUGGCACAGUGGAGUCUUCGGUGGCUGUGGGCACGCCCGAUUAUAUCUCCCCAGAGAUUCUGCAGGCCAUGGAGGACCGACAAGGCAAAUAUGGCCCCGAGUGUGACUGGUGGUCCCUCGGGGUCUGCAUGUACGAGCUGCUUUUUGGAGAAACCCCUUUCUACGCUGAGUCCCUGGUGGAGACAUAUGGCAAGAUCAUGAACCACGAGGACCAUCUGCAGUUCCCACCCGAUAUCACCGACGUCUCGGAGAAUGCCAAAGACCUCAUCCGGGAACUGCUGUGUCGCCGAGAGGUCCGCUUGGGCCAAAACGGCAUCGAGGACUUCAAGCGCCACCCUUUCUUUGUGGGCAUCGACUGGGACGACAUUUACGAAAGCCCCCCUCCCUACGUCCCAGAGGUGGCCAGCCCAGCCGAUACCUCCAACUUUGACGUCGACGACGACACCCUAAAAGAAUCGGAGACGCUGCCGCCCGUCUCUCAUGCCACCUUCUCGGCCCACCACCUGCCCUUCGUCGGAUUCACCUACACGUCCGGGAUUCACCUCCCCAAGAGACCCCCGGUGUCUCCCACCACCAGCUCCAGCAUCAGCCGGCUCGAGAAGAGGAUCUGCCAGCUGGAACGGGAGAAGCUGGAAAUGAGCCGAAAACUGCAAGAUUCUCUGGUGAAAUCCCCCUCUAAGACCUCGGCCAAGGACUCGGAGAUCCGAAGUCUCCAAAAUGAGGUGGCGACUUUGAAGAGACAAUUGACAGAGAAUCAGCUAGAGAGUGACAAGAUGCAGAAGCAAUAUCACAGUCGAGUGGCCUUGGGGCAAGUGAAGGCCUUGGAGGAGCGGGUGACAUUUUUGGAGCAGGAGAAGAAUGAGGCUCUUCAGGAUCUGGCCGAGGCCCAGGAGCAGCUGCAGGCUCAGUCCUGGGAGCUGCAAGAGGAGCAGGAGCGCCACAGGGAGACGGCCGAGGAGCUGCGGAGCGCCGAAGCCAAGUGCGGGGAGCUGCGGGCCCAGCUGCUACGGCACUCCCGCCAGCUGCGGGAACGGCUGGAGGAGACGGAAGCUGCCGCCCGCCGGGUGGAGGGGCUACGCAAGGAGCUGGCCCGUACUGAGAGUGGGCGCAAGGAGGUACCUUCACUCCCCCACCCCCGCACUGGGGGGCCUCCCCAAGGGGCUGGAGGAUCAGCUCCGAACGCUGAGAGCUCUGAAGAUGAUUCAUGUCCCGGAAGAGAGGUAUGCGACAGCGCGGAGCCAGCCCGGGCGGGCCAAGCGGCCGCGGGCAAGAACUGCAGCGCCACGCCCGCGGGUGACCAGAUCGAUUCUCGGUGCAACGACUCUUCUCACCUGGGGCCGGGGAGCUGCACGUCCGAAUCCCACAAAGCCGCCUUCUCCAACUGGGAGGUUCAGCUUGCCGACAUUUUGAAGUGGGUGAGCGACGAGAAGGAAUCCAGGGGAUAUCUCCAAGCAAUGGCGACUCGCAUGGUGGAUGAGGUGGAGGCUCUGAAGCAGGCAGGGUCACAGAGCCCUGGCCCCAAAACCCCGGACACGCUCUGGAAGGCCCGGCGGCUGCAGAAGGUGGAGGCGUCCGCCAGGCUGGAGCUGCAGUCCGCCUUGGAGGCCGAGAUCUGGGCCAAGCAGAGCAUCCAGAUGGAGCUGGAUAAGCUGAAGGUGGCCCACCUGGGGGUGGAACGACAGUUGCAGGAGGCGGAGAAGCAGAACCGGGCUUUGCGGCUGGAGCUGGAGAAGAUGAAGGGAGAGUUGAAGGCCCGGUCUCUGGAAGCCAUCAAGUCCCAAACGCCACUGAUUCCUUUCUUCUUCCGAAGCAGCAGCAAGGACGCCAUCGUCUUUGGGAACAGCCCCGACCCCCAGGAGGUGAGGAGGGCACCCGAGGAGGCCCAGCUGCACCCCGAAGGGAGAAGGAGUGUCCGGUCCAGCGCAGGGGCUCCUGUUGCAGACAGCGGCCAGGCUGGAUCCCUGAAGCCCAAAACGCACAGCUUCAAAACGCACAGCUUCUCCGCCCCCACCAAAUGCAUGCGCUGCACAUCGCUGAUGGUCGGGCUGGUCCGGCAGGGGUUGGCUUGUGAGACCUGCAACUUCGUCUGCCACGUGGCCUGCGCGGCUGCAGCCUCCAUCUGCCCCAUGCCUUCCGAUCAGCUCCAGAAAACCCUGGGGGUGAAUCCAGUAAAUGGGACCGGCACCGCCUUUGAGGGACAUUUGUCGGUCCCCAAGCCCUCCGGGGUGAGGAAGGGCUGGCAGAGGGCCUUCGUGGUGGUCAGCGACUUCAAGAUGUUCCUCUUCGACGUCCCGGAAGGGAAGACCUCGCCGGGCGUCAUGCACGUCACAGAUAUGCGGGACGAGCAGUUUUCCGUGGCUCCGGUCCUGGCCUCCGAUGUCAUCCACGCCAGCAGCAAAGACGUACCCUGCAUCUUCCGGGUGACAGCCUCGCAGCUGAGCUCCCCCCCGACCACCAGCUCCACGCUCUUCCUGGCCGACAGCGAGGCGGAGAUGCGGAGGUGGGCACAGGUGCUGGCCGAGCUGCAGCAGCUGCUGCGGCAGAACCGGCACGGCGACCGCGCCGUCUACGUGCUGAAGGAGGCCUACGACAACGGGCUGCCGCUCAUCCCCCACGCCCUCUCGGCUGCCAUCAUAGACCGGGAACGGAUCGCUCUGGGCACGGAGGACGGCCUUUUCCUCAUUAACCUCAGGACAAACGAUGUGUUGCAGGUGGGCGACUGCCGGCGGGUGCAGCUGCUCCUGGUCUCCCCCCAGGCCCAGCUCCUCUGCGUGCUCUGCGGCAAGAACCACGGGGUCCGCAUCUUCUCGUGGGCGGAGCUGGAGACCCCCGAGGCCCCGGGCACCAAGGUGGUGGAGGCCAAGGGCUGCCAGGCGGUGGCGGUGGGGCUGAUCUGCCGCGGCCCGACCCCCGUGCUCUGCGAGGCCUACAAGCGGCAGGUCCUCUGCUUCCAGCUGACCGCCACGCACCCGCCCCACCGCCGCAUCAAGGAGAUCCAAGCCCCCGGCUACGUGCAGUGCCUGGACGUGCUCGGGGACCGCCUCUGCGUGGGCUACCCGUCCGGCUUCUCCCUCUACCCUCUGCUCAACGAAGGGCCCCCGGUGAGUCUGCCCCAUGCGGACGACAGCCGGGCGUCUGCCGUGGCCCAGAUGGAAGCGCUGAAGGCCGUGGAGGUCAGCCUGAGCGAAUUCAUCCUCUGCUUCAGCGGUUUCGGCCUCUACGUGGACGGGCAGGGCCGCUGCAGCCGAUCCCAGGAGCUGAUGUGGCCGGCCCUGCCCCUCAGCUGCUGUUACAACGCCCCUUAUUUGUCAGUAUUCAGCGAAAACAGCGUGGAUGUAUUUGAUGUCCGGAAGGCCGAAUGGAUUCAGACCAUCUGUCUGAAAAAGGUGCGCGCACUGAAUCCUGAGGGCUCUUUGUGCACCUUCGGGAGUGAAAAAGUCCGGCUGACCUACCUCAGAAACAAAGGCGCAGACCAGGAUGAGCUUGAAAUCCCCCAGACCACUGAUAACAGCCGGCGGUACCUCAUGAGGACUAGACACAAGCGACGCUUUUCUUUCCGGAUCUCUGAGGAGGAGCGGCAACAUCAGAGGAGGGAGAUGAUGCGCAAUCCGAGUCUCCGCUCCAGACUCAUCUCUGCCCCGAGCAACUUCAACCACCUGGUCCACGUCGGGCCGAGUGAAAAGCAGCACCGGCUGCAGGACCUGCACGUGGCGCAGGAAGAGAAGAGGCGGGAGGCCGAAGUCCGAAUGCGCUGCAGUAGCCUUUCUGAGACGCGGCGGCCCUCGCCUGCGGGCCACGAUGGUGCCGCCCUGGGAUCUGCGUCCUCCUUAAGGCUGAAGUCGGGCAGUUCAGUCUCCGACGACUCCUCUGCUUCUCCACACUCUCUUCUCUCUGGGGUUGGCUUGCUGGAAGAGGUCUCGGAUUCCGGUCUUCCCUCCAGCCCAAGAAGCACCACCUCCACAUGACAGGAGGGGUCGGGGGCUGCAGGUGCCGGCCGUACCUCGCGGGCAACGGGGACGCUGGUGCCAAUUUGCAACAAAACAUCCGGCUCAUCUGAUGCGCCUGCUUGUCGCUAUCCGGGGAGGGCACAGAGGAAGGAUGGGCAGCGCCCGGGUCCUUGGGUCUGCUGCUGGAAAGCCACGCCUGUGCUGCACUUAAUGCUGCGGUGGGACAGCGGAUCCGUGCCCUCCCCGCCCUGCGCUCAGGAGAUCCUUGAACCUUGGGGAAAACGGGAGCUGCGGCCUUGGGGCUCCCACCGCUGACACCAUCUCUUCUCUGUCCCGCUUGGUGCACAAACACCCACCGAGUCAGGACGCCUUGCUUUGGUCAGAACACUUUUAAAGACCUUUUUAAUGUUUACUUAAAAAAGAAAAAAAAAGCUAAGCUACUUCCAGCCAUAUUCUAAACGGAGGAGGUCUAACCUCUGGCAGUGGGUGAAUGAACGCACAUUAAAAAAAUCACAUCGGCUGCCUGAACGGUGCUGUUUCUGGGCGUCACAGAAUAAUUCCAGAGUAACUUGUGGAGUAACAGAGAAGGCAUCUCGUUUGCCUCAUUUCACCAAAAUUUCGCCCCAAACGUGGCGUCAUUCUCAUUUUGUUUCUAAAGCAGUAAAAUAAUUGCGCUGAACCAUC